GUUAGUGAAGUGACUAUGGCGCCUGGGGACUGGAGGCACUCACUAGUCGGACUGACUCCAGUAGUCAGGUAUUAUAUACACUGAGCAAUGUCUCCAUUAGUGCGCCGCUAUAGCUGCUGCUGCUGCCGCCGCUGCUCUCUGCAAAGCGAGCCACUGCGAUCGAGGCGAAAAGAGGCGGCCACCCCUUGCCAUGGGAAAGCUCUUGCUGGGAGAUCCUAGGCGCAGCCCGGCGUGAUUGCAGCCCCCAGGAAACUCGAGUUACCCACCAAUCGGGACAAUACGGCAGAUCAAGGCUGCCGCCGGAGCUCGCGGAUCUGACGCUUCUGCGCUUGUUCUUGGAGCCCUGGGAGUCCCCGUUGCCAUGUCCUACCCCCAGUUUGGAUAUCCCUACUCUUCAGCACCCCAGUUCCUGAUGACCACCAACUCCUUGACCACUUGCUGCGAGACCAGCGGCAGGACUCUCACGGACUCGGGGGCAGCAGCCUCAGCUCAGACCCCGGUCUAUUGCCCCGUGUACGAGAGCAGGUUGCUGGCCACGGCCAGGCACGAGCUCAACUCGGCAGCGGCCCUGGGCGUCUAUGGGAAUCCCUACACAAACACCCAAGGCUACGGGAACUACGUCACCUACGGGACGGAAGCGUCGGCUUUCUACUCUUUGAAUAGCUUCGAUUCAAAGGAUGGAAGUGGAUCUGCGCAUGCGGGAAUUACCCAGGCGGCUGCUUACUAUCCCUACGAUCACACGCUCAGUCAGUAUCAAUAUGACAGAUACGGUACCAUGGACGGAGGGACACGGAGGAAGAACGCUACUAGAGAGACAACCAGCACGCUGAAGGCGUGGCUGCAGGAGCACCGCAAGAACCCCUACCCGACCAAGGGCGAGAAGAUCAUGCUGGCCAUCAUCACCAAGAUGACCCUCACGCAGGUCUCCACCUGGUUCGCCAACGCCAGGAGGAGGCUCAAGAAGGAGAACAAGAUGACCUGGCCUCCCCGGAAUAAAUGCUCUGAUGAAAAGAGGCCCUAUGAGGAUGAAGACGAGGGAGAAAUUCAAGGGGAGAGCCUGAAGAACGAGAAACUCGAGGAGCCCUCAAGCAAGGAGGACAAAGAGCUGGGCCUGAGCGACCUGGACGACUAUGACCCCUUGGAGUCGGAGAGCUCGGAGGGCGAGCUGAAAGCUCCAGCCUUCGGCCAAGUGGAGAGCGACGCGUGCGCCAACGAGCCCUGCAAGGAGCCCUCCUUGGGCGCCAGCAGCGCCACGCUGGAAGGCACCCUGGAGAGAGCCAAGAGCUGCCUCAAGGACCCGACGACGGGCCAGGAGGGCUGCGAGGCGGCGGAGCUUCUGAGCGCCAGGCAGAGGAGCUGCGAGGCCAAACCGUGUUAUCAGCAGCAGCAGCUUCUGGAGGCCAGCAGCAAGCCGAGGAUUUGGUCUCUGGCGCACACCGCCACCUCCCUCAAUCAGGCGGAGUUCCCGUCGUGCAUGCUGAAGCGCCAGCAGGGGGCGUCGAGCGCCUCUAGCGCCGUGGCCACGCCGGCCGUGAGCGUCAUCGAACGGCACCAGAAGGAUUCUCCCGUCACCAACCUCAGGAACUGGGUGGACGGCGUGUUUCACGACCCCCUCUUCAGACACAGUACUUUGAACCAGGCCUUGAGCAACACCACAGUGUCUUGGGCGACCACCAAAGGCUCCAUCUUGGAGACGGGGGCCUUCGGGCGCUCGCUGGGGGGCGGCGCCGCGGUGCUCAAGGGGCAGCUGGCAGGCCUGGCCGGGCCCCAGGACUCCAGCAAAGACUUUCUGGCUUUCCCCAAAGCAGGCAGCAAAAUGUUCUGCUCCUAACGACCAAACCCCGCCCGCCUCCCUGGGACAGGGUGGGAGGGGAAGGCAAGGCGGCGAGGGACUCGGACCAGAGCCACGCGGGGAUGGAGGGGGGCGGGUGCAAAAGGACACGGAGAGAAUCUAAAUCUAAACAGACUCUUUUCAAAAGCAACGCAAAACAUGGAUUUUAAACGUUCCGUUUGGUAAUUUUAAGGAGGGGCGGGGGAGACUUUCUUGUUUGGAAGAAUCUCGCUUGGCUACGACCUUAAGGAAUCAACGUCGUCUUCACGCUAAUUUAAGUCCAUAAGCACUUCCCACUAGUUCUAGAGGCGUCCUUCUGCGUUUACCUUGGCAAGCUUACAAGGCGCGAGGUUUGAAUUCAGCUUCUCCGGGGAGGGAGAGGGAGUUGUUUGUCCUCUUCUUUUUCUUCUUCUUCUUUUUCUUCUUCUUAAUUUGUGGCAUGCCAAUCUUAGUUACAAAAGGGGGAAAAAGACUUCCUCGGACUUCCCCCCCUCCCCUUCUCAUUGUUAGUCUCUCACCCACAAAAACAGCACUUCUACCACCGAGUUGACACCAUUGCGCGCACACACCCAACCACCCACAACAUUCGAACUCGACAACUAAGUUAUGUCUAAGAGGUAUGUUCACUCCAAAUAAAUUGUCUGUCUCUCAGAGGUA